UCAGUUCAGAGUUUGGUCCGGUUCUGGCAACAGUGGACUGGAUAAGUGAGGGAUUAGUCGGCUCUGUACCAUCAAAUCGAAUAGUUUCAUGGAAAUAAUCGGACUUUUGCAGGCACCCUGUUUUGUUAACAUUCUUUAAUGCCACCCAAAUUGUAAUAAAAUAAAGAGAAAUUCAAACCAAGAAAAAAACAAAGCUCCCCUUGUUCUUCUUCUUUGCUCAUUUUUUCAAUUUCUUCCCCUUCCUUCUUUUUCAUCCAACAAUUUCUUGAAGUCGCUUUCAAUGGCUCACCAAGGUCUGCCUUCCAUUGACCCUGCCGUUUUGGACGAUAUUAUCAGUCGUCUGUUGGAUUUUAGGCAAACUAGAGCAGCCAAACACCAGCAGGUUCAGCUAACUGAGAAUGAGAUCCGCCAACUCUGUGAUGUGUCUGCGGAAAUCUUUCUUCAACAGCCCAAUCUCCUCGAGCUCGAAGCCCCCAUCAAGAUCUGCGGUGAUAUUCAUGGGCAGUAUUCUGAUCUUUUGAGGCUUUUUGAAUAUGGGGGUUUUCCUCCCAGUGCUAAUUAUUUGUUCCUAGGCGAUUAUGUAGAUCGUGGAAAGCAGAGUUUGGAAACAAUAUGCCUUUUGCUUGCCUAUAAAAUCAAGUACCCUGAGAACUUCUUUCUUUUGAGGGGAAAUCAUGAAUCUGCAUCUAUUAAUCGAAUUUAUGGAUUUUAUGAUGAAUGUAAACGCCGAUUCAAUGUGAAACUUUGGAGAACCUUUACGGAUUGUUUUAACUGUCUACCUGUUGCUGCUCUUAUAGAUGACAAAAUAUUGUGCAUGCAUGGAGGGCUUUCCCCUGAUUUAACAAAUUUGGAUCAAAUUAGAAAUUUACCCCGUCCAACUGAUAUUCCAGAAUCUGGGUUGCUUUGUGAUUUACUUUGGUCUGAUCCUAGUAGAGAUGUUAAAGGCUGGGCAAUGAAUGACCGAGGGGUCUCAUACACUUUCGGAUCAGAUAAAGUGUCAGAAUUCUUAAUUAAUAAUGAUAUGGAUCUUGUUUGUCGUGCCCAUCAGGUUGUCGAGGAUGGAUAUGAAUUCUUUGCGGACAGGCAGCUUGUUACAAUUUUUUCUGCUCCCAACUAUUGUGGUGAAUUUGAUAAUGCUGGUGCAAUGAUGAGUGUUGAUGAAACCUUAAUGUGCUCUUUCCAAAUACUUAAGCCUGCAGAUAGAAAGUCCAAAUUCCAGUGAAAAGGACGUGUGCUAUCUUGAUUCCUGCAUACUAUUGCUAACGUAAGGAACUUAAUUAUCCCACAUGUGAUUUGAGAAACAUUUGAAGAUUGAUAUUAUAACCUCAGAACUCCAAACUUGAGGUGGUGUGCAAAUAGCAGGUCGUUUCUUACGUUGAGGGAUGAGGGUAGGAGUCUAUUGAUAGUUUUUGGAGGAACACUCUAUUUCCUUCGGUAUGGAGGUAUCCCCUUUUAGUGCAAGGGCACAGGCCAUAAGUUUAUCCACUUCAAUAUUUUUAUUUCACAAAAAUUGUGAUGCUCGUGUAAAUACAUUUUUUUGCUGUAAAUGAUUGCAUUAGUACGCUACUGAGAUUGCCCUUUCAUGAGAUUUUCCUUUUAGUGGAUGAAGUUUGUGCUGGAUCAUAUGGAUCAGGUACAAGUCAACUUUCUAUUGGCAGUCCAAGACUCGAACGAGACUUGCCUGAAUAAAAACUCAGCUCGUCAGCGUUUGUUUUCUCCUUAA